GUUCACAUAGCUACGAAUUUGACUGCUGUUAGUGCUGUUUACCUAUUUGAUUAUUUGUGAAUUCUGCGAUUAUUUUACUUCUGUUCACCAGUGGAUAUUUGUUGUUUCCUGAAGGCAAUGGCUGUUAAAUAUUGUUUCGUUCCAUCAUGCCCCAACACUAGUGAGAAAAAUAAGGAUAAACUUUUUAUUCUGGUGCCUCUCAAAGAAAACAUUAGGAUGAAAUGGUGUGUUGCUGUCAGUAGACCAUAUACAAAAACAAAAAGAUUGUAUUGCUGUGAAGAUCAUUUUGAUCUUGAAUUUGACAUGUUGAACUGGAUGGAAUAUAAACUCAUUGGUUCCAGAGUUUAUAUGAGAGAGAAUGUAUUUCCUCAUAAAUUUGUAGACAGUCCCAAACCAACAGAGUGCUCUUCAAAAUCUCAACUUUCAUCAUCUUCACGAAAAAGAAGAUCUCAUUCACUUGAGAAUUUGGGAGACAAGGUUAAAAAGGAGUUUAUUGGCUUUGUUACAUCUUCUACUGAAGAAACUAGUUCGAUAGUUAGUGAUCCAUUCAGUCCUAGAGAACAACUGACUACAAAUCAAAUUGAGUCACCUUCAGAAAAAUUGUUAGAAAUCCUGAUGAAUUGUCAACAAAGUUUGACUGAAGGUGAAGGUGAAUUUACUCCAGUCAUGAACUACUACUAUGAACCUGAAUCAACCAGCAAGGUUAAAAAGAAGUUUGGCUUUGUUAGAUCUACUGAAGAAACCAAAUCAAUAGUCAGUGAUCAACUCAGUCCUAGACUGACUAUGAAUUGAUUUGAUUCACCUUCAGAAAAAUUGUUAGAAAUCCUAAUGAAUUGCCAACAAAGUUUGACUGAAGGUGAAAGUGAAUACACUUCAGUCAAGAAUUACUACUAUGAACCUGACCCAACACCAAGUCAGACAUAAUAUUUUGAUUAGAAGAUUCAGGAAACCCCAGAAAAGAAGUGUUAGCAUUGAAACUUCAAUACAUAUAUGUUCAUGUAGCAUAAGCACUACCUCAGAUGGAUACAGAUUCCUGACCACUGGCAAUCUGAAAACUGACCUCCAAAUAUAGAUCUGCAGUUUUUCUGAGUCAUCAAAGAGUAACUCAUCUUCAAAAUUUGCACAUUCCGGAAAUCACUCAGAAUCAAGCAGUGUACACAGUGUAAUAAAUGAUUCAAAAUAUCAGCUAAAAUUUUGAGAGAAAAAAGCAGAUAAUUUCCUGAGUUGCCUGAGAACAGAGAUAGAUAGAGAAAUAUAGGUAUAGAUUUUGUAAACUUUGUAUAUUACUAGUUUGAAGUUGGGAACCAACUCCCCAGAAGUCAAAACUUGUGCGGGUUAGGAACAGCAGGACCUACAGCUUAUAGUGGAAUUUGAACCACUUUUAGGUCAUCCUGGUGCUGCCAGGAUUACAACCAUAAAUCACCUAUUUUUGAGGAGAAUAAUAAGCUAAGCCCAAUUCAAACCAACUGUAUCUUCCCAUCAUGAAGGGCUAUCUAGCGAAUUUCAGAGCAUAGACAAACUCUGCCAUGACGCCCCCUAUAUAGAUAGAUAUAUGGAUAGAUAGAUAAAAAUUCAUUCAUAAAAAAUUGCAAGAAUCUUGCAACCCUUACAAAUUGAAUCAGUGCAUAAUACAUUUGAUCAAAAUUACAUGGAUACAAAAAGAAAUAAAAUAUUGAAAUUUAAAAUCCAACUCACAUGUACAGAAGGGCAUAUGCAGGAGGAACUUGACUGUAUAAUAUCAAUGCACCAUCAAUACUUCAGGGAUCUCUUGAUUAAACAUACUAUAGUUUAGACCUUUAUAGCUGUGAUGUAAGGCCUUGUAGAGCUUGACACUGAUAUAUCUAUAGGAAUCUUGAGUUUCCUCAAUCCUGAAGAAAGCUCAUUCAAAUAUUAUCACUGUUUCUUGCCGAAUAUCUGUGAUUAUUUUAUUCCUAUGAUUUUAAACCAAUCAGAAUGAUUAAAUGACUGAAGUACCACUGAAAAUUAUUCUGCUGUAGGGCAUUAUCAGUUACAACAUAUUCCAUGGAUGAAUGAAAGUUAUUCCAUUAUAUGCAGGGUGACAAAUUUCUUAGUCGAAUUAAUGGUAAAAUAUACCCCAAAUAUACCAUAACACAAUACCAUCCAGCAACGAGUCCAGCAACUAAUGAGAUCUCCGAACGCAAGCCACAGAGAAACUAUGUCAAUAAAAUUCACUCAUAUGGAAUUAGAAGUGGAAAACAAUACACUGAACACGGACAGGUAGAUGUCUGAUUUUGUAGCAUCCUUUUCACUCGAUUUCACUUGGUUUCCACCCUCCUAAUGAAAAAAUCAAAUUCCCAGAAUAAAUGGUUCAGAAGAGGAAUUCUUGAAAAAUUCAUUCUUGUAAUAGAUGUUGGAUACUUUUUUUGGAUAAAAAAAUAAAAAUGUCAUAUUAAAGC